AUAAAAGUAUCGCAAAAUCUAUAAUGAAUUACAGUUCAACUAAACGCAGUCUUUUGAAAACAUCAAUUAAAAGUGUUACUAAUACUUAUUAAAGGAAAUAUCCUAAUUUUUUGUGGAAUUUAAGAAAAAAAAAGAAACCUAAAUAUGAAAUUUUUGAUUUUGUUUGCCUUAAUUGCUGCUACUGCCGCCCAUCCUGGUAUUUAUGGUGGUUUGGGGGGUUUAGGUCAUGGCUAUGGUUUAGGUGGUGGCAUUAGCUAUGCUGCCCCUGCCGUUAGUUAUGCAGCUCCCGCUGUAAGCUAUGCAGCUCCUGCUGUAAGCUAUGCAACUCCUGCUGUAAGCUAUGCAGCCCCAGCUGUUACUUAUGCUGCCGCCGCUCCUGUGGUUAAGGCCGUUGCUGCUGCCCCAGCUGCUACAAUUGUCAAGACUGUAGGCCCUUCUUCUGCUACCAGUUAUAACUCCUUUACCACUGUUGUUAACCAACCAGCUGUUAAAGCUGUAGCCGUAGCAGCUCCCGCAGUUUCCUAUGCAGCUCCUGCCAUUUCUUAUGCAGCACCCGCCGUUUCCGCUGUUAAGGUAGCUGCUGCGCCUGCCAUUUCCUAUGCUGCUGCUCCUGCCAUUUCCUACGCUGCUGCACCCGCCAUCUCAGUAGGUUAUGCUGCCCCUGCCGUUAGUUAUGCAGCUCCAGCUGUAAGUUAUUCAGCCCCUGCUGUUAGCUAUGCAGCUCCAGCAGUUAGCUAUGCUGCCGCUCCUGUAGUAAAGGCCGUUGCUGCUGCUCCUGCUAUUUCAUAUGCUGCCCCAGCCAUUUCGUAUGCAGCCCCAGCAGUUGUCAAGGCUGUGGCCGCUCCUGCUACCAGUUAUUCCACUUUUAGCACAGUUGUAAGCCAUGCACCAGCUGUCAAAGCAGUAGCUUAUGCCGCUCCAGCCAUUUCUUAUGCAGCUCCUGCCGUUAAAGUAGCUGCUGCCCCAGCCAUUUCCUAUGCUGCUGCUCCUGCCAUUUCAUAUGCGGCCCCUGCCAUCUCCUAUGCAGCUCCUGCCGUUUCAGCUGUUAAGGUCGCUGCUGCACCCGCCAUUUCCUAUGCUGCUGCUCCUGCCAUUUCCUAUGCUGCUGCGCCUGCCAUCUCGGUAGGGUAUGGUCAUGGUGGUUAUGGUUAUGGUCAUGGUUAUGGCUAUGGUGGUCACCAUUAAGUUUCUUUAGAACGGAAACUAUCGACCUCAAAAUAACCAACUACUUGUGAAACAUUGAAAGCCGCCGUAUAAUUUUUGAAAAUAACGAUUAACGAAUUUAGUCAUUAACUUUUUUUAACGUUGUUUACAUUAACUUUAAGAAUAUCAAACGCUUGUGUUAAACAAACAACAUUUAUUCCCCUUAAAGGAAAAACCACCACGUUUGCAGAAAGAAUCAAAAAUAUAUUUUAUAUUUUAAAGUAAAAGAAAAACACAAAAAUUAUAAUUAUUAUUUUAAGCGCUAA